UACGCGAUUGUUUCAUCAUUCCUGUGAGGACAAGUUUGUUGAUUUUUUUUCGCCGGAAAAAAUGAUGAAACAUUCAUUAUUGUGACUUGUGAUUCGAUCAACUGUGAAUUGAUCGUCGAAAACAAAGUGCUGGAAAUUGAAAAUUUCGGAGUCCUGUAACGUAAACGUAGUCAAAACUUCAAAAGUCCGUGUCAAUUAGUGGAGUACUUAAUCGAGGAUUACAAUUUACAAUUUGCAUCAAUUUAUUCAUUCCGACCAUCGUUCGUCAGUCGUGUCCUUUUACACAUCUCGAUUAGGUUUUCGAAUCAAUCAUGUCAUCUAACGUGUCGCCGCCGCCAUUCUACGACGAUUUGGGUAGAAGCGCGAAGGAAUUGUUCAGCAAAGGAUAUUAUGAUAAUACAUUGGCAUUAGAUAUGAAAUUCAAAGCUGCCACGAUUGGCAACUCGUGCUUCGGAUUUUCUAGUUUCAAGCUCGACAGCAAAAAAGGUGUUGGAAUUGGAACGUCUCAGACUGCGAUGGGAUUCCCAAAAGUCGGUCUCAGUAUUACGAAAACAUGGAAGGCCACUAAUACGCAUUCUGCUGAAGUAAAGUGCGAUGGUGUAGGUGUAUUCAAAGGUGCUGCAUUAACUGUGGAUCAUACUACCGAUGACGAUCUGAAAGUAAAAAUGGCAUACAAAAACAAUCGUCUAGCCUUGAACACUGAUUUGGAUUUUUUAAAAUCAGCUAGACCUCAGCUUAUUUCGGGUUCCGGAGUUUUUCAGUUUUGUGACGGUGGCAUCAUCGGUUUAAAGUCGAAGUUCGAUAUGAACGAUUUCAAACUGAAGAAUACCAACUUCGCUGUAGGAUACAAUACUAAAGAAUACGUUUUUAACUUGAACAUGAGCGAUGAAAAUUCAUACAGCAGUCACAUUUAUCGAAAAGUGAAUCCAUUCCUCGAAACUGGUGUUGAAUUGGAAUGGUCGUCGAUAAACACAGAUACUAAAUUUGGAUUCGGUUGUAAAUACGCUUGGACGAAUCGUGACACAACUGUUCGAGCUAAAGUGAAUAGUUCUAAUCAAAUUGGUCUCAGUUUGACCGGUAAACUUAUAGAUGGUGUUACCAUUACGUCAUCGGCUCUGAUCAAUUGCCAAAAUUUCAAUCAAGGUGGAUAUAAAUUUGGCGCGGGUAUUGAAUUAGAGGUAUAAUGUUCACACAGCGUCGUUGUGUAGCGUUAAAUAACAUCUAUUUUGUUAAGGAAGGAGUUCCUAUUGAGAUUUAUUACGUGGUGCUGCCAAUCUUAUUUUAUACCUACUUUUUUGUUUGACGGUCUGGUCAAUUUUUUUAAUUUUAAUAAUGUUUUUAAUUAUUUUUUAUAAGUUUUUCGAUGUUUAUCGUAUUUCCUUUUAAUUUUAUUCACUUUUAUUGGGUUUUACUGCCAUUACAAUCUAUUUUUGACAA